UUGUGUUAAUUUUUACAAGUGUGCAGAUGGUUCAAAUUGGAAAAGAUGUUUUCAAUAUUUUUCUUGUUAACAAUUAUAUAUGGUGUAGUAACAGAUAUCGAUAAGUGCCCUAAUGUGCCUUUGGGAUGUAGAUGUAAUCAUAAAAAUAAAGGUUUUGCAAUUUUAUGUAAAAAUUUGAAUUUUGUAUCAUUGGCAGCCUUACCUACAAAUAUUAGUAUGGAUAUAGAUUUAGAAGGAAGUUAUUUACAAUUUCUUAAUGAAUCCUCAUUCCCUCAUCCAAAUAAAAUUAAAAAGCUUAAUUUAAGAAAUUGCGGGAUUGAAGUUUUGGGUGCUCGAACCUUUCAUGGCUUUUUAGCUCUCAAAAUAUUAGAUUUAUCCAAGAAUCGUAUCACUCAGAUAUCAGAAAGCGUUUUUCAAGGUUUGGAAAACAGUAAACUUUUACAUAUAGAUUUACGAAAUAAUUACAUUUUGUCAAUAUCUCAGCGUGCUUUUGAAAAAGUUUCUUCUAAUGAUUUAGAUUUAAGUGGACAAAGAAACUAUGGAGGAAAAAGAGCUGAGCUGAUUGCAUACAAUGAUUUUUUAACACUGUCUAAAAUUAAAAAAUUAUCAUUAGAUGAUAACCAGCUUUUGUGUGAUUGCAACAUAAAGUGGAUAGGUAACUGGCUGUCAAAAGAUGGACAGCUAUCAGAAAAAACAAGUUGUUAUUACCCUGAGCAACUUCGUGGAAAAUCACUUAAGGAUCUUCUAAAUUCAUCAUGGAACUGUGGAGAGCAUCAACAGUCAUUCUUUGUUCCAAACUUUCAGUUGAUUCCUUCCAAAAAUCAAAUUGGCUUUGAAAAUGAUGAAAUGCAGUUUACAUGUUUUUCAACAUGGAUCAUGAAGAGCUAUAUGAUGUGGAUUAAAAAUGGGAAAGAGUUGUUUACUGAUAAACUAAAAAGAAUAGAAAUACGGCAUCAUUCCAACUUAACAUUAGCUGUACACAGUAGUGUUCUUUUAAUACAUAGGUUGAAUUUGAUAGAUUCUGGAGCAAUAAUGUGUCAGCUACUUGUACAUGGUUCUGGAAAUGUUUCAUCAACUAUAAAUCUUUCUGUUAUUUCAAAAAAUAGUCCAAAUUGCAAAAUGAGUGUCACAAAAUCUGAUCAAGGACACAUAAUGUGGCCAACUGCUUAUUUUAAUACCGCUAUUAAAGCAAAAUGUCCUUAUGGUGGUGUUUCAUUAGCUGAGCGUAGUUGUGGAAAUGGUACAUGGAAUAAUUUUUCUAUGGAAAACUGUUUUUUUGGUAACCCUAUUACAAAGGCGCUUCAAUUGUUCCACAUGAAUGUUAAAGCUGCAGAAAGUACUGAUGGAAAGACUAUUGUUGAUAUUGUUCAUAAUUUUAAUAUUUUUCUUCAUGAAAAAUAUUACUAUAUUAAAAGCAAAUUUGAUUUCUAUUAUAUAACAAGGAUAAUAUUCUAUAUCAUGAAGUUUUCUAGAUCUCUGGAUAAAUCUCAGUAUACAAAUUUUAUCUGGGGAUCAAUUGGUUUAAUUAUUAUGAAACACAAGGAGUUACAUUCUCUUGAAGAAAAAGUUAAUAAUUAUAGUGCUAUUUUUAGAUUUCAGCAACUUCUUGAGACAUUCCUGUAUGAAGAAUCUUCCAAAAAAUCGUGGUCUUUUUCUAUCGAAAAUCAUCCCAUAUUAGCUGCUCUGUCAUAUAAAGUGAAUACAGAAAAAUUCGUACAGUGUUAUGUUAUAAGCUCAAACAUUCCUAAGAUCAAAGGAAAAUCAAAUAAAAUAGUUUGUGCAAUAGAAAAAAACAGCUCUAUAGAAAAGAAUGCAGUUGUUUCAAUUAGCUUUGCUAUGAAAACUGUGCAGCUUUCUAUAAUAACGUUUACAGAUAAUACUUUUUUUCCUUGUCACGGUAACCAUAAGAUAACGUCUUCUGUGGUUGGAAUUCAAAUAUUUAAUGCAAAAGACCAAAGUAGUUUGAUAGAUACAAACGAGCAUUACCAAACUAUUUCUUUCCACAAAGUUAUUGGGUUUGCAAAAUCUAAUAUUGUUUUAUGGGAUAGAGAUAUGAGCGAAUGGAAACCAGCUACUAGUUGUUCAAGUCUAAAUGAUAUGUCUGUGAAUGCAUUCCAUUAUAAAUGUUCUUUUGAUAAUCUGGAGAAAAUGAAUUACUUUGCACUGUUAGCAGAGAUCCCUGCUUCAACAAUGAUAAAGUUCCAAUACAUGGAAAUAGUUAUAUACUUUGGUGCAGUUUUAUCUACAGUUUUUCUUCUGUUUACAUUUGUUCUUUACUCAGCUUUAAGAGAACUUCGUUUCAAUCGAGGUGAUGCAGCUGCUAUAAUGAACUUAAUGUUGUCUCUCAUUAUUGGACAAUUAACAUUUUUCUGUGGCAUUCAUCGCACAGAUGUUGAGUUUCUUUGCAAAGGUGUUGCUUUCAUAUUGCAUUAUUUUUUAUUGAGUUCCUUAUUAUGGCUGGGCUGUGGGAGUGUUAUGUUAAUGAAACUUUUAACUCGAAAGAAAAAAAGUAGAAUGUCAAAAGUGAUAGCAAAGAUUGAACAACAUGAUCCUGUUCUUAAGUACUAUAUCAUUUCUUGGGGUGUACCAUUAAUAAUUUGCAGUGUUACAAUAGCUUAUGAUCAUAAAAAAUACAAAACUGAUCGACUUUGUUGGUUGGCUCCAAAUACAUCAAUUGGUGCUUUUGUGUGUCCAGCAGUUUUUUUUUUGUUGGGUGACCUUUUCAUAUUAUGUUAUUUGCAUGCUGUCAUUAAUAAACUAUAUCCAGUUUUAAAUGAACCUGUUAAAGAAAAUCCUUCAGUUACUCGAUAUAAAAACAAAGUCGAAAAUCACACACACACAAAACCCUCAAUAUUAGAAUAUGAGUUUCCAAACAGAAAUGAACUCAUAAAUUUGCUUCAUGGAAAUCUUUUGUUGCUCUUAUUUUUUUGUCUAUUAAUUGUUUUCACAAAGAUGAUUUUCAUUUAUAAAGAUACUACAUCAGGGUAUUUGUAUUAUAUAUUCAGUUAUGCUUCAGCCGUUUCCAAUGUUAUUUUAGGAUUAGUAACAGUUUGUUUUUAUUGCUUACCAAGAGGGGAUAUACGUAAUAGAAUUAAAAAAAUUUUAAGAUGUUUCCAUUGGAAGAAAGAAGAGUUGACAAUACACACAUGUCCUAACUUAGGUGAAAGUUUAGAAGUUAACAACAAAUCAAAUGAACUGUUGGAUGCUGGUUCAGAAUCUCAUGGAGUUUUUGGGCUCAGUGAUAUUGUUAGUUCAGAGUCAUCUUAUCCAAUCGUGUGUGCUGCUGUAGCAGAUCAUUGCUCCAGUAUUGAGAUAGAUAAUAAAAGAGCAUUUAAUCAAGUAAAUCAAAGGUUGAAUCCAACUCCAUCAGAAGUAAGUGGUCACACUUCAAUUGGUGAAUGUUCAUUAAAUUCAAGGCCUUGUCAAAAAAAUACUAAUAAUCCUAAAAGUUCUGACAUUCCUGAAAAUUUACGUAAUUUUGUUCCUGAAAACUGGCGUCCAGUAAGACGUAGAGUAAAAAAAGGAACUUUAUUUUAUCCAUAUGUAAAUACAGAUAAUUCUAUUAAAAGUCCUCCAAUGGUGCAUGCUUCAAUGAAUCAUGGGUUGACAGUGCAUGGAUCGAAUACAAGUUCUGUCACAAGUACCAAUAUUGGUAUAACCUCACUAAAUAUAAAUAAAAAACAAGCAGCAAAAAAUUUAGCAAUGUAUAAUGACUUAUUUAAUAAACCUAAGUUAGUUUAUGAGCCUUACUUUAGUUCUAAUGGUUCUACCAAUCAACCAAUUACACAAAACGCUUUUUAUAACAACUAUAAUGAUUUCAACAGGAAUAUUGAUGAUAGAUUGUAUGGUCCCAAUUUGUUGUCACCAACUUUUCUUCCAAUUCAAUAUAAUAACACUGAAAGUGUAAAUCAAAUUCCUUUGAAUUUUUUAAACAGUAACCAAGCAACUAACAAUUAUAAGAGCAUGCUUGUUUGUGAAAAUAAUUUCUCAGAGCAUAGUUCUUCAGAACGUGAUAAUAUUAAAGACCAUAAGCUAGCAACAGUUCAUGAAAUAAAUGAUACUGUAAAUAAUAAAUCAUUAGAAGAAACAUUACUAAAGAAAGCUCCUAUUUUAUAUAUUCCUUUACCACAUAUAACAAAAAAGCAGUUUGAAUUAUGCGCAGAAACACAAUGUUAAAGUUGUUUAUUUAUUUAAAACUUUGUAGAGAUUUUUUACUAUUUUAUUUUUAUAUAAGACGUUUUAUACUAUUUGAUAAAACAUAGAAAAGUGAAAAUAUUAAA